AUGCCACCUCUCUUCCCCCACCAAGCGGUCAUGUUCCGGCCAUCAACAUCCAUGCCGCAACCCAACGAAGUACUCGACAGUAUCCUCACAGGCUAUCUCUGGGGUUGUCUUCUGAUAACUCUGUUCCUCUUCACAUACUUCGCCAUCAGCUUCUGCGCCUGGGUGCUCUCAGCAGUUUUGGCUUCGAUCGACACGAUCGUUGACUUCGUACGGACGUACUGCGACUUUUCGGAUGCUAGUAUCGAUGUCGAGAUGAUGGAUCCUAUCUGGCUGGAGAAGUACACGACUGAGAACUUGGAGCAACUCGCCAGACCAGAUGAGAUCACAAGGCUCAAAUGUACAUUACACGAAUACGACACCGUCCUCCAAGACGCACACUCAGCUGAUGAAACAGCCAUACCACACCUGGCCAACACCCUCACGAACUUCCCCAACCUCCCCGAAAACCUGUUCCUUCGCAAACCUCGCCUUCGCAUGCGACAAAUCCCCCUUAACGCCAAACCCAUGCUCGACAUCCGAAUACAGGAACAUUUGGUACGGAACGGUGUGGUCCUUGAGGAUAUCCUCCGUCUCGCGCCGCUUCUCAGCUGGGAAGAUGGAAUCGGUUUCUAG